UAUACUGUAUGUAUUCUACUGUAGAAGGAAGAAUGAUGCGAUGCAGCACUUGACCCUAGGCUGACACCAAACUUGGAUUUCCACCAGAAGCACAAUUUGGUUUACCAACCUAAGAUUUUCCUCUGCCACAUCUGGCAACUCAUGUAAAAAUAAUGUAGAAGAAAGUUUAUCAUAAAGCACAUUAUGCAUUUUUUCUAAAAAGUCAAUAGAAUAAAAUAAAAUAAAACUCGGAUACACUCUAUGUUUCUUCUUAAUAAUAAUGAUGACGAUAAUGCCUUAAUCGUUUCAGUCAUACAGAUUGUGGUUUUAACACGUGUCAUUUUCUACCUUUGUAUUUUUUAUCAAAUAGACAACGUUGUUAAGUUAAGAUUUCUUUUCUUUCUCUGCCGAUCCACAUGAAGUUCGAAAGAGAGAGCGGCAGUCAUGCAACAUUAAAGACGGCCAACAACCAUUUUGAAGCACCGUAGAAGAAGAAGUCUUAGGCUUAGGCUUCGUCGAAAAAGCACUUACUCAAAACUGCGAGGAAACCCUGCCCCCUGUUGGUGAAACACUGGCAACAACAAAAACACAGCAAGCGAUUGAUUGAAAGUGCAUGAAAAACAAACUAAGUCAAUGGUUUAACUCAAGUAAUGAAGACACGGUCUAAAUAAGUAAAUAACACAAACAAAAAAACCUUAUUUAUUCGUCUGGCAGUAAAAUCGACACCCUAACGACCACUGUAGCGGCAGGUUGCAGUCUGUCAGCCUCCACAGCUCAGGGGCUUAAACCAGCGCAGUCAGAGAAGAGCAGUUUGACCGAGUUUUCCAUCGCGUGAGAACCUAGCGCUUCUCGUGACAGAGGCGCAGAUGCUUCUCAGGCGAACGCAGCCUUCAGUGAAGGAAGUGUAGUCGUACAGCGGCACUGCGCAUGCUCUCACACCACUCUGAGGAGCCAGGGAUGAAGUGUUUGCUGCUGUAAAACGCUCUGCAGGGCGGGGUGAUGGCAGGCGCUGAGGUCACAGUGUCGUCAGGAGAGCACAUGAAGGUGAAAGGGGAGGAGAGAGAGUCCAGCGGCAUCAACCACGGAACCCAAGUCAUCCUGCACCUUCAGCCAGUCCUUAACGGGGUGAAAGCUGGCAUUGCAGGCUCCGGCAGUACAAUUCUGGCAGUUGAGACUCAUCAGGAUGACAGUGAGGCAGAUGGAGAGGUAAUUGAGUACGGCUACCCCAUCACCUGUGGAGACAGCCGAGCGGUUCUGCUCUUUAAGAAGUUUGUCUGUCCUGGAAUCAAUGUCCCAUGUGUGAAAUUUAACAACCAACUCAUUAGUCCUAAGCAGUUUGUACACAUAGCAGGAAAGGCCACUCUGAAGGACUGGAAAAGGGCCAUCAGGCUGGGAGGGGUCAUGCUUAGGAAGAUGAUGGACUCUGGCCAGAUUGACUUCUACCAGCACGACACCGUGUGCAGCAACACCUGCCGCAGCACCAAGUUGGAUGUGCUGAUCAACAGCAGCAGGCUACCUCCAGGGAUGUCGACGCAGCCCAACCUGUCUAGUCUGGCUCUGGACCCUCCUGGAGGACAGGUGCCCCCGCUGACAGAGAUGGUUAAUGAUGCAGCAGAGGUGGAGGAAAAUGAAACAGCAGAGUGGAGCCCCGGUGCGGCUCGGCCUCUGGCGACCAACGGACAUGCAGCCAAGAGAACCAGGGCAGACACACCUGAACCGUGCCAUGUGACUUCCAUUAGAGAACAUUCACGACAUGGGGUGUUGAGCUUGUGGAAUGAUGUGGCAGACCUGGGGUUGAUGGGCGAUGUUCUGUCCAGUCUCCAGACUGAAUUAUUAGCCACUCUCGAAGGUGUGGACGUCCGCAGUGGGCGGGGCGGUCUGCAGGAGACGGAUGCUGUCAUUCUUAAUUCCUUGUGUAAGAUGUUUGGGCUUUUAGACUCGGUGAAGCGAGCUCUGGACCUGAGGCGCAGUCGGAGUGAAGAAAGCAGAACCCAUGACGGCGCUGAGGUAUUUAGUGAGAGUUGGGAGGAGCGGCAGACGCCCGGUGGUGAUAAAAGCACCUACAACUGCACGUCCUCCAAACGUCUUCAAUCUGAGGGGCACAACCAGGACGUCCUGUCCUCCGUGAAAACAAAUCAGCGGAUCCAGGCUCUCGCCGUCCCUCCUGGAUUAUCUGCUUCCUCUCACGCUCAGCUCUCCGUCCACCCUCAGUACUUCACCCACGUCUUCGUCUCCAGUGACCAGCACCAGCAUGGAAGAACUGGAAAGAUGGACAGAAAGAGGAGGCAUGGGUUAAAUGACAGGAGGAGGAGCCAGGAGCAGGUGCAAAAACACAACACCUCAGGGAGCUAUGAAGUAGCAGGACUGAGGGGUGGCCUCCAUCCUGACAUUCAUGAAAGUCCAGAAGUGGAGACAAGGGAUUUUCAUGACUUUGGAAGAGUGAUGACUGAAAGAACAUCAUCAAAGAAACAUAAAAGUAAGAGGGAGUGAAGGGGGGAGUCCAGAGUCCGGAGUCGGCAGGAGCCCCAGGCAAAAAGACUUAAAUGAUGAAAGUUUAAAAAAUGCACAAGAACAGACAUUUUAAACUUUGGUCAUAGAUGAAUCAGUGUUUUUACUGAUUGGUUGAUGUUUUGCACUGAUAUCGUCAAAGGCAGAUUUAUGGAUGUCAUGUUUGACAUUUCACACUUACAAAUAGUCAAUUAACACAGAAAAAAUGCUUUAAUUAACUGUCUAAACCAGUGGUUUCCAACUGUCCCUACAUUAGAGCGCCCCCUCUUUUGGUUCUUGGACCCUUUUCCCCGUUGUUGACUUUGAAACACGAUAAUUCCUACAAAACUGAACAAAGGAAAUUAAAUGAGAAGUCAGUACAAAUACCCCCACUGUGGUGCUAAUGAACAAAAUAUUAAAAUUGAAAUGUAUUUGUCUCUCUGUGCAGUGGGCCCCGCCCCCCAAUUUGGGAGCCACUGGUCUCAACUGAAAAUUGCUUUUGGUGAAGUCUUUUUUUUUCCACUUUGUAGAAGUUUGCCACAUUAGUUUUUCUGCUCUAAUUAUAAAUAGUCACUCAGCCAUACUGGUCUUUUUUAUAGUGUUGAUAAUUAUGAAACACAAAUAUAUGUUUCAGCCUUGAAUAGAUAAACAGAACAAAGUGUAAAUAUCCUUCAGUUUUUAUUUAUUAUUCUGUGACUAUACAAACCUUUGUGAUUAUAGUCUCCCUCAUCAACGCUUUGUUCCAAAUCAGAAAUACUUCACCAAUCCACAGGAUGAAAACUGUACUUGUCAGUUUACCUUACACAUUGAUGACACAUUGAUGCCACAUUUUCUGAUAAACGUUAAUAGGUGUUAAUAGUACCUAUUUAAAGGCAUCCUAGUCUGGAAUACAUGACUAGGAUGAAUCAUUUCAGCAUAGUUUUUGAAAAUACGUAAAAAAGGGAAAAGUCUGGAAAAACAGUAUAAUUUGCUCUUUCUUGAGUAUUAAAUCAGAUCUCCACUGUGUAACCCCACAGAUACAUAGGCAGAAAUAAAAACAUUAAAGUGUAUGUGUUAUAUUGAACAGCAAAUGUGGGGGUGGGUGGUGGUCCAGAGCCGGAAUUAGCCCCCGGACCAGGAGUUUGGAUCCCCUGGUUUAAAGACAUAUAAAGCAAAAUACAGACAAAUAAUACACUGUGUUGAGGUCAAAGGCUCCAAGACGUUGUUCAAGUGUAGUUUCAUGGUGAUUUCAUUGUAAUCACCUGCCAAUGAAACAUUGAUAUUUGUCAUAUUAUCAUAUGGUCUGGAGCGAAUUAAAGAUGAAAGCCCAGCAGCACCACAGAGUCUACGAUGUAAAUCACUGUCUGCUCACUGCUUCAUAUACCAAGGCACACACAGACUGGUCGCAGCUGUAAUAACAUGAUAUUAUCACUCCAUCACAGGGCAGGUACAUUUGUACAUCAGAGAGAGAAUGAAUGACAGCUGAUCAUUAAACAACCUGCUGUCAGUCUCUCUGCCGACGCCUCUGUCACCGUCAGGAAGAAGCCGCGGUUUGCUUCAUCCGUGCUGGCUGUAGUGAAAAUUAAAAGCAUCAAACAGUUGAGCAGAUUGCAAGUGCUGGCUAAUGUAAAUAAAUUGCUAACCUGUGCUUUUUUCCCUUCUUCUUCUUCCAAUAGCAGUGUGCAGAAUGGAUGCUGUGCAUCAAGCAGGUGCAAUUACAGGUGUUGGCCUGACAUAUGCAGUGUUUCACUGGUUAAAACGAGUAAUUUGCACAGUGAUCCAUCGCUCAUCUGUCAUU